GCCAUGACCAAUCGUGCGAAGAACACUGCAUGUCCGCUGACGAUGGCGCUCGAAGCACCAAUAUGCGACGACGUAGUGUGGAGGCGACGGAGGGAUGAACUCAGCCGACCGGGGACGCCAGAGCCGACGGGUAUGGGUAUCGACGAGGACGAGGACGAGGAGCAAGAGCAGCGCAAUCGUCAAAGGAAACAUAGAGAGAGUUCGCAUUUGCCGCCGCCAUCCUCUCUCCCGACUCCCGCUUUCUCUUCCUCGAUGCCUGUGUGGCACUUCCCCUUCUUUCCCACCCAUGUUGCAGGUCUCUGGACGAGUACGCUACCGCUCUCGCUUAUCUUCGCAGCCAUAGCUGCAUCGUCAUUGGUGCAGUCCCGGUGGUUACGUCGUGGCUAUCAACUUGAAGGCUGCACAACUCGGUCUGAAGGUGAGCGGCGGCGCGCUCGUUCUCGAGCUCAACUGCUGCUCAGGUGGCCGCGGACGUCAAGCUCGUCUCCGUUGGCCGUGUCCCUGACUGCCAGCCUCGGACUGGACAAGAUCGGCGUGGAGGUUGACCCCCGUGGCUGCAUCGCGAUCGACGACCAGUAUAACUCCGGUGUGAAGUGCAUCCAGGACGUCACCUUGAGGCUGAUGCUCGCGCACAAGGCCGAGGAGGAGGGCAUAUCGGCGGUGGAGAGCAUCGUGGUGGAGUACAUCAAGGCAUACGCGCACCCAGGGGUGGCGGGGUGCAGUACAAGGUCGGCAAGUUCCCGUUCCAGGCGAACUCGCCCGAAGACGAACCUGGACACGGAGGGCUAAGAGGCGGAGACGGACCGCAUCCUCGGCGCGCACAUCGUGGGCCCGAACGCGGGCGAGAUGAUCGCGG